CCGCCCACUCGUGACUGUCAGGCGGCAUCUUUCAGGAAGAAGGAAGAGCGUCAGGAUCGAGGAAUUAACAUAUUUUUCACACUUUUAAGAAGCUUUUGCGGGUUUACAUCCUCUCGUUUGGACGGAGGCACGGCGUCAACAUGCUGACUAAAGAAUACCGAAUCGUCCUGCCUGUUUCAGUAGAAGAGUACCAAGUGGGCCAACUGUAUUCAGUUGCAGAGGCCAGCAAGAGUGAGACUGGUGGAGGAGAGGGCGUUGAAGUGGUGGUCAAUGAGCCCUAUCAAGAAGGGGAAGAGAAGGGACAGUAUACCCACAAAAUCUACCACUUACAGAGUAAAGUUCCAACUCUCGUCCGUACGCUUGCUCCAAAGGGUUCUCUUGAGGUUCACGAGAAGGCCUGGAAUGCAUAUCCCUACUGCAAAACGGUUCUCACUAAUGUAUUCAUGAAAGACAAGUUCGAGAUUAAGAUUGAGACGUGGCACAAGCCAGACAUGGGAGAAAUGGACAAUGUACAUGGAAUAGACAAAGAACAAUGGGCCAACACUGAAAUUGUGAACAUUGACAUUGCUGAAAAAAUCAGUGCAAAGGACUACAAAGAAGACCAGGAUCCAGCCAUCUUUAAGUCAGCGAAGACCGGCAGGGGGCCUCUGGGGCCUAACUGGAAGGAAGAACUUGUCAACAACCCUAACUGUCCACAUAUGUGUGCCUAUAAACUGGUCUCAGUAAACUUUCAGUGGACUGGACUGUCGGGCAGGAUGCAGAACUUCAUUCAUAAAAUGGAAAGGCGUAUUUUUACUGUCUUCCACAGACAGCUAUUCUGCUGGAUUGAUAAUUGGAUCAAUCUUUCCAUGGAGGACAUCAGACGGAUAGAGGAUAACACAAAGGAACAGCUGGAUGAGAUGAGAAUGCAUGAUGAAGUUAAAGGAAUGGUUGCCCAAUAAUGCUUUUCGGUGCUCCUGCAGUCAGACUCCACUUCUCACACUUGGACCAAGACCAACUUCAUGGAAUUCUUUUGUUUCCUAUUUUGAGCUUAUAAUCAUGAAUUGUAAAGCAACUGAUCCUGGAUUUACAUUGUUGAUCCUCUUAAACCGAAGGAGGAAACAUUUUCCUUGUCAUUAUUUUCAGUGCAUCACAACAGUUGCUUAUUGUUGUUUGUUUUAUUAGUUUACUUUUGUUUGGGCUUCUUUACCAGCACCUUCCGUGUAUAAUUUGAUGUAUCACAUCAAAAAUACAACUUAAGUGUGCCACCAAAAGUAUUUCCAAUGUAAUAGAUUAGUCUGACAUGCUUUGUUAUGCCUUCAGAGGAGUGAACAAUACUGAUGAUGGCUGGGUUAACCUCGCGGUAAAAAAACAACUGCUGUAUAGUUUUGGAUUUUGGGUACAGGUGGUUUGACAGAUACACUGGUCAUAUAAUUGUACUGCCAGCGGCAUAUAAUAUUUUCUGUAUUAAAUAAAAUGACAUGUAUUUUAAUGUCAUAAAAUGGGUUGUGUGCAUUAAAUAUACUUUUUGUUAA